AUGCAAUAUCAGCGUAUUGUAAGCAUGUAAUUCGCUAAAAAUAUCUCAUUUUCAUAGUUUCAGACCCCGAAAUCAGCGAUGCAAGUGCGGUUACACGCAAAAAACACGUUCACCGUCGUGAUGGUCGUCGGAUUUCUCUAUUUGGCCUAUUUGAUAUUUUUUGAGGUGCCUAAAAUUUGUUUUCAAUUUUCAACAUCAAAUGCACUGUUUUAUAUACAUUUUAUAAUGUUUCAAUAAUUUUUUCGCAGAGCGGUGAUGGAAUGCCGGAAAUCGACGUGGAUUUGAAGGAUGUGAUCAGCUACGCCGUGCUUGCCGUCGAAAUGGGCGGUCAUGCAGUUGUGAAAGUGAACGAGGAGAAAUGUGGGUAAAUUUUAAGCUGAAGAUAACAACUCUACCAGUAAAUUGGUUUUUCUCACCUACAAAUGUAAAAUUCCAACCAAAAAUGAAAUUUCAGCCCUCAACGCCGCUGCGAAAGGCUUGACAGACGAGGGCAAAGAGGAGCUGCUGACGAGGGCGGAUCUGAUCUCAAAUCACUUGAUUUUGGAUAUCUUGCAAAGAUUUCCACGACUUCAGGUGAUUUUUUAAUGAAAUUUCUAGACUUUCAAGACAAAGUUUGAAAAAAUCAUAAGUGUUUAAAAAUUGUGUUGCAGAUAGUAUCCGAAGAAAAGGCGUCGGAAAUGUCAGAGCGGGAGGUCGAACCCUAUCGUUCGGACAAUUACGCCGUCUGGUCGGGCGUCAAAGACAUUCUGGACACGAUUCCGAGCCGACGUCUUCAGCUAUCCGAUGUCCGCGUUUUUGUGGAUCCACUUGACGCCACUCAGGAGUUUACAGGUAAAAAUGGGGAAAAUUUGCUGCAAAAUCAUCCCAUUUCGGCUAAUUCGACAGCGACCAAAAGUGGAAGCACAUUGCUGAAAUUGUGCAGAAUUUUUGAAAUUUUAAUACCAAAACCCGGGCUGUUCCAGCCUGACCACGCUUCUUUUCAAACUUUUGGUCGCCGGUCAGAUUCCUGACUGGUAAAUUGUUUUAUUUUCAAUUCAUUUGAACGAUGAACAGUAUCGCAAUGAUACUCUACAAAACAACUAAAUAAUACAUAUGUUUGCAGAGGGCCUGACCGAGUACGUGACAGUGAUGGCGUGCAUAGUGGUGGACGCGGAGCCCGUGUUUGGCGUCAUCUACCGUCCGUUCUUCAACGAGACAAUAUUCGGACUGCAGGGAUUCGGCGUCGUCACUUCCGAGGGCCGCCACAUUUCACCGGUGGAAACGGACAAGACGGUCUCAAAAGUGGUGGUGUCCCGAUCGCACGCGGGCAAGGUUAAGGAGGUGAUCGAGAAGGUCUACGGACAAAAAAUGGAGAUCGAGGCGGCCGGAGGGAGUGGCUACAAGACACUCAGGCUCGUCAAUGGAACCGCAGGUAACAUUGUUUCCAAUGUUUUCCCACAAAGCCUAUUCCCAAAAAAUAUGUAUUCAAAAAACAUUUCUUCUUAAAAAAUGCAACGAUAUUGUGUUGAGAACUGUACCUGCACACGACGGCGAUAAAAAAAUGGGACACUUGUGCCGGAGACGCGAUUCUCCGAACGAUGGGCGGCGCGAUGCUCGACCUGCAAGGACUGCCGUUAAGGUGAAAUUUCAGAAAAUUAAAUUUAAAGCAUCCAUCUUCAUUGCAGAUACUCGGCCGCCGAUCCACUUCUCAACAAGAAAGGACUGCUGGCAACCGUACGCAACCCGUACUCGUACUUUAAAAAAUUUCAGGGAAUCAAAUUGAUGUAAAUAUUCAUUUAUUGCUUUUUUUUCGCGGCAUCAUUAUCAUAACUUUUCCUUUUUCUACGGGUUUUUCUACGCAAAAUGAGUGCAAAUAAAUAUUGCUUGUAAUAUUCAUUUAUAAAAGGAAACGACGUUUUAUUGGCCGUAAAAUUGAUAUUUUCUUUAAAAAACAUUUUGCAGAAUAAUCCUUAAACAACGUAAUUCAGAUGAACGCUCCAAAUGGAUCAAAACCGGUUCUUGUACCAUUUACACCGUAAGUUUAGAGAAAAUAAUAAUGCAACAUUCAUAAAACGCCCACCUCAAACAAAUAAUAACCAAAAUGUCCUUGUAAGAUUGAACUUCUCUUGAUUUGCUCAUCUUCUUGUAAAGAACAGUCAUUCCUAUAAGACUUGCAAUUCUUGAAACGUUGCACUACGAUUUACAAAUCUUACAAGGACAUUUCGCAGUGUUCUCAAAAGCCUAAUAGUAAGCCAAAUUUGUAGAACUUGAAUGGUAACAAUUAUUGUAAAAAACUGUAAAAUCAACGUUUACGUUUCCUGAGUAGCUGCCGUACCGUUUAACGUACCUCUAAGUACCACCGUUCGGAUAUUUGCCCCCGAGAAAACUCAUAACCCGCGAAGAUUCUAUUUUUCUGCAGGUACGAAUGGACGUACGUGCGUCAAUUGUUCCGCAGUCGUCGCAUCAGCGAAGUGAAAGAAUGCAUCACGAUUCUGGCCAUGUGGAUUUCGAGGCAUGCAAUCCGUCGGAAAUUUGCUAAAAAUGAAAAAGUUUAGAACUGGCGAGGAGACGCCGGUGGCGAUUUCGUGCAGUCACGUCCUUCUCGAGGCCAUUCACGCGGAUCUUUUAUCCGAGGUUUUCCGCCUUUUUUGCAAUAAGAUGUGUUUAUAGUUCAAAUGUUUAUAGGGAAUGUGCGAAUCGGAACGAUACAUGGCAAUCGGCGAUCUCCGCUCGAAACACGGAUUCGCCAUUAUGAGGUGUGUGGACGGGGGGCCUAACAGAAUUGAACACAAACGGUGGCAAUGAGAAUGAGAGAGCAACUGGCGCCGACGAAGACGAUAAUGGCGACGAGCAGGGCGAAUUGGGUGUAGUGGGCGGCCGGCGGAGCAGCGGACGACGGCUCCAGUCCCGAAUCGAUCAGCGCCUGCAAUUGGGUUCUUGGAGAUUAUUUCCAGCAUCGAUUGAAAUGACAAGAAAAUCGUUUUAAACCAAACACACUGAAUCUCAUCUCAAAUUUGUCAAAAAAUUUGGAACGCUUCACGAAUUUGCGUGUCAUCCUUGCGCAGGGGCCAUGCUAAUCUUCUCUGUAUUGUUCCAAUUUUAGUAUAUGUUCUCGGAAGAACGAAAGAGUGAACGGGCGGUCCGGUUAAGUAGGGACCACCGGACGAGCGGCCGACAUCUCACGGGUUCCGCACACCACUAUACUGAGGGGGGGGAUCAAUAAUUACACGUUAGGCCAGAUUUGAGACGUUUAGUAUUCAGAAUUGUGACUUCUAGGAAAUCGGGGAUUGAGAAAUAGACAAUUGAAAUUGCUUUUAGAGAUUUUAGACAUAACCCUCGGAGAAGUAGAAUUUCUUGCAUGUGCAGUACCGAAAUCUAGAGCAAGCUUGUGUAGAUCUAUGAUUCAAAGUGUAGUGAUGUGGCAUUUUACCAAUUCUGUGUACUAUACCUGAUCUCCGUUACAAAAGGCGGUAUCGCACACGCAUCGACUCAUCCACUUGCUGCCGAACGCCGACUGCUGGCACGACAUCUCCUCGACCUCGUCUCCGCACGUCUUGUGAAUUGUUCGUCUGUCUGAAAGUAUCCAGCUCGGUCUAGCCUAGUCCUCUAAAUUGUCCCGAAACUUACCGUUAUCCUUGUUGGCCGUCUCCAUUUUGAUGCAAACGGUGCCUUCGCACUCGCCAUCGUUACACGUGCCCUGAUCGGAAUGACAAUCGAAACAGGUGAUCGCGACGGCGACGUCGACAAGUGACAAUAGCAGAAACGCACGGAACACGUGCCUUCUAGAGAUCAUCCCAUGGCACCUACGAACUUUUCCUUUCGGUUUUGAAACUUUUUGAAGUACAACUCACCUUAUUCCCGGGCAGUCACUCGCUCACUUUUUCGUGACACGAUAAUAAUAUGUGUGUUUGACAAAACGAUGCGAAAAGUUGAAGUGAAGACGUCUUCUGACGGCGACGCUCGACGAUUUUGAUUGAAUCUGGACAUACGAUUUUGCAUAUAUUUAUAUAGAAAUUGAGGGAACACGGGCGAGGCACACAAAAGAGGCACAAAAUGAUGAAGUCGUCGGAAUUCGAAACGGAACUUAAUCAUGGCUAAUGCACGGCGCCAGAGGCGCGCAAAACGAUAAAAUGGUCGUAAAUUCGGUCAAGCUCCUAAAAGAGCCCCGAAAAAGUUUCGGGUUGCGGAACUUUCGAGAAACCCGCCCACUAUCUGCUAUCAUAUCUCCAGUACACUUGUGCUCAAUGAGCCAAUUCGCAGCAGCACGAGAGCAUCGUUAUUAUGAGAAUGGGAUGGAAAAGCGAUUGGACGAGAUGAGGAUGGGGCAUUCUUCAAGUUUUUCCCCUCCUUCUUCUUCUUGUUUCAAGGACUUCUUUGAGAGAGAGAGAGAGAGAGAGAGAGAGAGAGGAAAAGGAGCGAAGUUUGGAAAAUCUAAAAUUUCUACCCAAAAAUCUUUGAAUCUGAACAACUUUUGAAAAAUCUAGCAUUUUGAAUGGAAAAGUACGAUUAGCUAGUGGUACUAAAGUGGGAAAGUGAAAAGGCGACUUUUGUUGUUGUGGUCAUCACCAUCAUCAUCAUCAUUGCAUAUUUGAGCUGGAACGGAACGAGACGUGAGAGCGAAUGAAGUGGACGGACGAUUUUCUCGAUAAUUGUUUUGUCUCCUAUUUUUCCUUCUCGGUGCUUUUCGAAUUGAGAUGAGUGAGAAGUCGUUGUCGGUCGGGACGGAGAGCCCUUGAAGAAGAGAGUAAACGAAGAAUUGCACACACACACACACGUCAAUUAGUGUUUUGUCCUCUUGACGGGGCGGCCACAGACCCCCUUCUCCGAAGCGUGGGAACACUCUUUUCCACUACGACGUCUUCUUCUUCUUCUUCUUCUUCUUCUUCAGGGGUGGCCGAGAUUGAAUUUGCAUAAAUUUAUGAUGAAUUUACGUGAAUGGCUCUAAAGAAAAGGAAAAGGGCAAUGCGAUUGGGGGAAAGGUGGAAAAGGGGGGGGGGGGCUAACCGAAGACGGAAGGACAUUUUCACGGAACAACUCGAAUAACUGUUUUGUAUGAAAAGCUAAUUUUACAAUUAUUUUUCUAUGAGCAGAGUUCACUUUGCUAUACAUUUCGUCAGUUGAUCACAUUCCAUGAAACAAUUUUCUAAAAAAGAUAAAAAUUAUUCCGUGUUCUUCCGUUGAGUUCUUCCGCUCAACUCUGAUGGACGGUUUGAAACUGAAGAAAAGUGAUGGGGCGCUCUGAUUUUAUGAAAGUAUUCAUGGAUUUCAUGAUCAACUCACGAAAUGUAUGGCGACGUUUAUACAAUAGGUAUAAUGUACCAUACCAAGAAUCUGGCCUAACGUGUAAUUAUUGACCCCCUCAGUAUGGUGGUGUGCGGAACCCGUGAGAUGUCGGCCGCUCGUCCGGUGGUCCCUACUUAACCGGACCGCCCGUUCACUCUUUCGUUCUUCCGAGAACAUAUACUAAAAUUGGAACAAUACAGAGAAGAUUAGCAUGGCCCCUGCGCAAGGAUGACACGCAAAUUCGUGAAGCGUUCCAAAUUUUUUGACAAAUUUGGUGCUGCCCCGAAUAGGAACUGCCCGAAUCAGAACUGCUACGAAUCAGAACUGCGCCCGUAUCAGAACGCACCCGAAUAAUAACUGGUACAAAUCAGAACCGGUAUGAAUGCGAACUGCCCGAAUGAGAACUCUUCAAGCUAGAACUGCUACUAAUCAGAACUGAUCAAAUUAAUACCACCCUGACAAUAUUAAUUCCAAAAAAACCGAAAAUGAAUAGGAAUGCUUCUAAUCCAGGAUCUUUGCUUUUUUCUGCUCCUAUUUUUUGUAUUUCUCUUUCUUCCUCUUCUGUCUAUCUUACUUUCUCUCUUUCUUUUUUCUCGCAAUUUUGUGCAUGGUUUCAACAAGUUCUACUUUUUACGAGUAGUUGCGCAAAAGUUUCUCGUUGUAAUAAGGUUAUUCAGGCUGUGAAAAAAAUGAUUUUGUUUUCCGAUUUUUUUCGUUUUUUUUUACGUCAAAAAAAAAACGAAAAAAACGAAAAACAAACAUACGCUGAAUAAGCAAUUUUUGAGCAACGCGUAACCAAAAAGUUCAAUCACUUUCUAAUAUCUCUGGAAACUCGAUUGCAAUCUAAUUAGAAGAGUUUGCAAUCUAAUAAGAAAAAGCUCUAUUUCGCAAUCUAAUCAGAUUUAAUUGAAGUUCCAGUAAAAUCGUAUUAGAUUACAAUAUAUUUUUCCUGAAUUGCAAUCUAAUAAGAAUAAAUUGCAAUCUAAUUAGAAAACAUUGCAAUCUAAUUAGAAAAUUGCAGUGAUUGCAAUCUAAUUAGAAGAUUUUGCAAUCCAAUUGAAGCAAAUUCUAUUUCAAACGAGUUCGUAUUAGAUUGCAACCGCUUCUAAUUAGAUGGCGAUCGAGUUCCCAGAGAUUUUAUUCCGUUCUCUUUUUUCUGCUUAUUCACAAUCUUUUUUCUGUUUCACACUUGUUUUCAUUACCAACGAACUGUUUCAUUUGAAUGUCUAGCUGUAUCUAAAAUACCUACACUACGCUUAAGUACAAAGGAAACACUUUUUUCUACGCUUUCAUGUUCUGAUUUAGGAAGUAUUGCCAUAAGGAGUUCUGAUUCGGGCAGUUCGCAUUCAUACCAGUUCUGAUUCGGGCAGUUCUAAUUUGGAGAAGUUCUGAUUCGGGCGCGUUCUGAUACGGGCGCAGUUCUGAUUCGUGGCAGUUCUGAUUCGGGCAGUUCUCAUUUGGGGCAGUACCAAGUAUUCAUGGAUUUCAUGAUCAACUCACGAAAUGUAUGGCGACGUUUAUACAAUAGGUAUAAUGUACCAUACCAAGAAUCUGGCCUAACGUGUAAUUAUUGACCCCCUCAGUAUAGCGAUGUGCGGAACCCGCGAGAUGUCGGCCGCUCGUCCGGUGGUCCCUACUUAACCGGACCGCCCGUUCACUCUUUCGUUCUUCCGAGAACAUAUACUAAAAUUGGAACAAUACAGAGAAGAUUAGCAUGGCCCCUGCGCAAGGAUGACACGCAAAUUCGUGAAGCGUUCCAAAUUUUUUGACAAAUUUACCGAUUUGAAAGAAAUGCCAUUCCAAUUAUCGAAAAACCAAUCAUUUUGAGGCUACUUUAGGCUGACAUUUUGUAACUGGGCUCAUAAGUGUGUGAUGUUUGAGAAACGACAAAAAAUUUCUCCGAUCUGACGGUCGGAUUGAAAUUUCCGGACCAGCGGCAACCAUAAGACCCCCUGUGGAAAAGGAUAUUGUUUAUUCAAGCUUCGUUUAAUUGUAGUGGGUUCAAAUGAGUGGAAGCUGAACGAAUAUGACCCACAGAAGUGAUUUAGACAGUUGAAGCAACUUGACAACCUGUUACAGUCCGGGUAAAUUUUUUUUCUGAACCAGGCCCCUCCCACUCGCCUGUCCCGAACUGCCGGCGCUCAACUCAAAACACCUAUGACUCGGCAUAAGAAAUGCCGUUUGUUCAUAUUCAUUUGAAAUUCCUUUUUUUUCAGAUUCGUAAACUACGUCAACGAAAUGGGCCAGAACACGACGGUGCUUCGAAAUAUGGCCGACGCGGUUGCAGUUGUCAGUCCUGCACUUAAUUCCACUUUUUCCACCUGAACACCACUUUCAGUUUGGCAUUCCGAAGCGAGUUGUGGAAAUCCGUCACGCGAUCACUCAUCAAACUUGUCCGGACAUUAGCGAACUCCGCUCGGUCACCGCUUUCUGUUUGGAAUGGCUUUGGGUAAGACUUGUCCGAUCGGAACAUCACUUUGCAAGAUGAUCACUCACAAGUUUCUGAGAUGUAUCGGUUUAACGCUGAAAAGUGAGGGUUUACCGUAGAUAUUGUAAUAGAGAACGGUACUGGGCAUCAUUUUUUAUUACAGUAUCUACGGUAUGUAUUCGAGUCGCUGCGAAACUGUAAAAGUCGACACGUCGAACCAAGAUUGAUAAUCUUAUUGCAGCAACACUUCUGGCACAGUGACUCGUCGAAAGCGAUGACGAGCGGAAUGGCGGGCAUCUCGAAGACGACGGCCGAUUUGAGCGAGUUUGGGCCGCAGGAUGGCCGCGAGCAGCAGUACGUGACGACCAUCCGCGCGUUCAACCAGUGGCGCAAGAAGAACCGGAACGUCGAGGACGUCGAAGAAGCGGAAGUUCCCGCGCUGGCCGCCCUCAAACAGCACCUCCUACACGACGCCGCCGGCUUCCUCGAGUGUUUCGUGCGCGACGGACACCUCAUCCACCUGCCGCACCAACUCAAGGCGGCCAAAUGGACGACGUCGGCGGCGGACGAAUACACGAUUCCGGAGCAGUUGCAGCAGCUCUGGCAGCCCGUCUUCCACGUGAUUUUCGCGUUGAAACUCGGCGCCGAACUCAUCGGCGCAUUCUUUUUGCGCCUUCGCGAGAGCCAUCUGAAAGCGGACUCGAAGAAUCAGAUCACCGCGUACGCGAGGAUGAUUCUGAGGCAGUUCGGUAGGCGAAUUGUUCUAGACAACUUUCAAAUAAAAUCUUCACUUUGUGUAGUUGACCACUUUUGUAACUUUCAAGGCCUACAGUACUCUAGGGAGUGCGCGUACAAAAAAGUUGUCAAAUACAGAAAGAAGUGAAUUUUUUGUCCGACACUUUUGCACUUGACAACUGAGUACUGUAGCCAUGCAAAGUUAUAGAAGUUGAUUAGCUAAAUUUUAGAAUUAUACAAACAAUAGCCGUUUUUCAUCUAAAUUCCAACGUUUUCGAUUAUCCAAAGCUUCUCUUCACAUAUUAUUCAUCUAAAAAACGAUGCUCCUUUCAGCCGAUGCGGAACUAUUCACGGAAGACGAUUGGGGCCGAGUCCUCGACAGUUUGCUGCCCGUCGCCAAACAUUUCAACAGAGAACUCAUCGAUUUGUGAGCUUCCCCCUCUUUAAGACGUAUUUUCCGUAUACAAAACCUUCCAGAGUGAUGAUUCGUUGCACGAAACUGUCGCGGAAGCGUCGCAAGCAAGUGCACUCGAUUCUAAACAUUUCUUCUCCGGCUCUCGAGCCCCCGUCCACACCGAAGUCGUCGAUGCGCCAUCAAGACGGAGACGCUUCGAUUCUGACGACCCCGGACGGCGGCGUCGUGCGGACCGUCGAGGAUCUGCAAAAAUUGAUGAAACGAGAGCGGGCGAGCAAUGCGACCGGAGGAAGUGCGGCCGAACGGGGCGGCGGAUGUGGCAUCGAAUUGUGCGACGCGGAGGAGUGGAACGAUGUUCCUUUCGGGUAGGAAAGACUGGAAAGUUCAUGCUGAUCAGCUUUGUCUCUUGACAUUUUCCUUCAGCAAUUAUAGUUUUCGAGAUUUCCACAGUUUUUUUUUGCACAGACUGACUCCGGACCAACGCCUCGAAACGUUCACGGUGGUGAUCGAGGAUUCGGCGGCGCGACGCAAACGGAAAGCCUUCGACACGGCGAUAACUUUGGACGAUUAG